AUGGGUGUCAAGGAGUUCUUCCACAAGCGUUCCUUGCGCCAAAAGGACGAUGUGCGCACCAACGCCGCCGAGCUGACGCUGAAAGAGUCUUUGUUCCCAAUCUUCCUUGUUACCAUUCUGUUCUUCCUCUGGGGCUUCUCUUACGGUCUACUCGAUACUCUGAAUAAGCAUUUCCAAGAAACGCUAGGUAUUAACCGAGCGAGGUCCUCCGGCUUGCAGGCUGCUUAUUUUGGAGCCUACCUCAUUGCUAGUCUUGGCCAUGCCGCCUGGAUCUUGAGGCAUUGGGGCUACAAGGCCACCUUCGUCUUUGGCCUCUUCCUCUACGGCCUCGGUGCUCUCAUCGCAAUCCCAUGCAUCAUCGCCAAGAGCUUUGGCGGCUUUUGUGCCGCCAUCUUCAUCAUCGGUAACGGCCUUGGUUCCCUCGAGACGGCCGCUAACCCGUACAUCACCGUCUGCGGCCCUCCCAAGUACAGCGAGAUCCGAAUCAACAUCUCCCAGGCCUUCAACGGUAUCGGUACCGUCGUGGCUCCCGUCAUGGGCUCUUACGUCUUCUUCGCCUUCGACGACAAGCGCGCCUUGGAGAAUGUCCAAUGGGUCUACCUUGCCAUCGCCGUCUUCGUCUGGUCCCUUGCCGUUGUCUUUUGGCUGGCGAGGAUCCCUGAGAUAACGGAUGCCGACAUGGCUUUUCAAGCUUCCGAGACGCAUGCCAAUGUUGACGACAAGCCCUUCAGGAAGCAGUACCGCCUAUUCCAUGCCUCUUUUGCCCAGUUCUGCUACACUGGCGCUCAGGUUGCUAUCGCCGGUUUUUUCAUCAACUACGUGACCGAACGCCGUCCCAAUACCGACAGUGCCCUCGGCUCAAAGUUCCUCGCUGGCGCCCAGGCUGCCUUUGCUGUUGGCCGCUUUAUUGGUGUCGGUAUCAUGCACUACGUCAAGCCCCGUUGGGUCUUUCUCGGCUUCCUUUCGUGCUGCAUCAUAUUCAUUGCUCCUUCCAUCACCCAGGAUGGUGAUGUUGGCAUGGCAAUGCUUUACAUUGUCCUCUUCUUCGAAUCCAUUUGCUUCCCGACUAUCGUAGCGCUUGGUAUGAGAGGUCUUGGCAGACAUUCCAAGAGAGGAAGCGGGUUCAUCGUUGCUGGUGUGUCUGGUGGCGCUGUCGUGCCUCCUCUCCUCGGUGUCGUUGGCGAUGCCAAGGGUAUGGGUACUGCCAUGGUCAUCCCUCUCAUCUUCUUCGUGCUGGCGUGGUCAUACGCCUUUGCCGUCAACUUCAUUCCGAGAUACCGCAACAUUGCCGACGCCUUCAGCACUACUGAGGUAGGCAUACGGCCUGUCGACGCGGAUGGUGAGAAGGGAGGGAUCGAGGCUAUCGAGGAAAAGCAGACGAAGAACGCCACCCUUACUUUGCCAUGA